AUCAAGAAAAUAUUAAUUUAUCAUCAUUAGAUAAUUCUGAAAUUCUUGAAAUUUCAGAAAGUAAUCUUUUAGAAAAUGAAAUUUGGACUGAAGAAGAAAUUUCUAAAUUUAAAAUAUUAUAUUAA